UUUCAGUGAAUACACUGAAUAGCGGCCGCGGAGAAAUUAGCUUGGUGGCGAGACCGGGACAUACAACACCGAAGAUGGCUUCACCGAGGACGAUAACCAUUGUGGCCCUCUCUUUCGCUCUUGGUCUUUUUUUCGUCUUCAUGGGCACCAUAAAGCUCACACCAAGAUUAAGCAAAGAUGCUUAUAGUGAGAUGAAACGGGCAUACAAGAGCUAUGCCAAGGCUUUGCCAGGUCUAAAGAAGAUGGGCAUCAGCUCGGUGCUGCUCCGUAAGAUCAUUGGCUCACUGGAGGUGGGCUGUGGUGUGGUUCUGACAUUGGUGCCAGGGAGACCCAAGGAUGUGGCUAACUUCCUGCUCUUGCUGGUCAUGCUGGCGGUCCUCUUCUUCCACCAGUUAGUAGGAGACCCCCUGAAACGAUAUGCCCAUGCUCUGGUCUUUGGUAUUCUGCUCACCUGCCGACUGCUCAUUGCCCGCCAGAGUGAGGACCGACCUGAGAGGGAGGAGAGCAGGGAAGAACACAUCAAUGCCCAGGAAAAUAACAAAGUCAAGCAGUCCUAAUCAGGUCCAACCAUCCAGUCUGGGCAGUGACAGCAAAAUGGAACCUUGUGCAUUUCUUUGAAUUGUAGCAAUUCAGAUUCAAAAGAAACACAGUCGCCACAAGGAGUGAUAUAUACACCCAGUCAACCACCCACCUGUCCCUUCCCCCACCCUUUUGGCUGACUGGUUAUUGGUUUCACCUGCUUCCCUGCACCCUCAUCCUAAAACUGAUUUUCCCUUGUCCUUUAUCCCAACCUUGACAGUGGACAAUCAUACUUGUGGCAACUGUAAUCAGCUCAACUCUUUUGACAAAAUAUAGGACCUUUGUCUCACCAGCCAAUUGGUCCUUUUUCUCAUUCCCCCCAUUUUUAUUUAGCAUCUAUCAAAACAUAAGAUAUAGCAUGCCUAUGUUUUUAGUUCGUUUUUGGCACAUACCAAUUUGAGGGACUUUGUUGGCUAUGAGAACGCUGAUGUUUUCCACAAUUGAAGAUUGGUACUUUUCUAUUUAUUUUUUAUUUUAGGUAGGAAGAUAAUGAUAUCUCUUGAAUUCAAUUGUUAUUUUACAGUAAUUAAGCAUGGUUCAUAAUUAAAUGGCUUAAAAUAAACUCAUAGCUUAUCAGCACUGUUCAGAGAUAUUUUGUAGUUGAACAUUGACUCACAUUUAUUUAAAUACAUUAUACAGUAUCACAUAUUUCCAUAGGUAUUAGUAAAAUAAGUAUCAUUUUUGUGAAUUCAUAUUAGUUUCGUCCAAGCUUUUUCCUGAUGAUUAGAUUUUCUUGUAACUACUCUUAGGCAUGACAAUGUACCCCUUUUCCCGAAAGAAAAACCGAACUGUCAAAUGGCAAGUCUUUCACUCAUCUCAAAUUGAUUAAUCACUUUGUUGGACCCAACACUGUUGUUCAAGAACUCAUGUGGAGGAGAGACCUAUGGGAAGGCAUUUUUCUAGCAAUUAUGUUUAAACAUACGUCUAUGGUUGCUAACCUAGUGCUCUCUAUGUCUCUGGACCACAAUCAAUAGUCCAGCUGCUUUGUCAAAUGACAUAUCCAAUAAAGGACUUGAUCUUUGUCUCUUAAUAAAGGACUUUGUCUCUCUUUACAUCCAAUGACAAUAAAGGCUUAUGUUUAUCUGUGA